GCAKUAGCAAUAGCUUUAAUUUUGGUACUGCUACAGACUAUUGCAACAACAGGGGAAGGUAUUCGCCCUACAAAAGAUGUCUGUCCGUUCGACAACGUUUCAAUAAGUGCACUACUCGACCCUCCUUAUGUGGAUGCUGCCAAUAUCACGAGAGGUAUAGUUAGCGAGUUUAUUGUCGAAGCACUUAGGACUUGCUUCGAAACUAAAAUAUGCCGUGGAAAGAUUCGUCAUCUUCAGUGGAAAUACCUGUAUUCUCAAGAAGAGUUGUUUAAAGCAGUAAAGAAGAAACAAAGUGAUAUAAUCUUCCCUGUCCCACAUUCCUUGACAUCACGAAGAAAACAAUCCGUGAACUAUUACCCUGUCAUUACAACACCAGGCCUUGCUUUAAUUGUUAACUAUCGUGGCUGUAAAAAGAUCGCUGGUACCUUGCUCAGUACGACUGUUUCGUCGGUGUGGCCAAUCUUGGUCUUCAGCCUUCUUCUGGCUGGUAUAUCAGGUGUCUGUAUAUGGGCUAUGGAACAUCAACAUAACAAUCAGCAGUUUUCAAAACCUUUCAGUCGCGGAUCUUACGAUGGAUUUUGGUGGGCUGUUGUUUCCAUGACAACUGUUGGAUACGGUAAUCAAGUUCCGAGUACGUUGCUAGGGCGCUUGUUCAGUUUGCUGUGGAUCCUGACCGGUGUUACCAUGGUUUCUAUAUUUACUGCGUCAAUUACAAGUGCUAUAACAGUCGUGUCAGUGCAACAGUCUUGUAAGGAGAUUCAAGGACAACUUAUUGCUGUCCUGAAUGAUACCGAUGCWGAAGAACUUGCACGUCAUCGCGGUGCUAUUGUGAAAGGUUACAACGACGUCAAACCCAUGUUUGAAGACUUAAAGUCACAAGAAAUUAAAGGUAUUUUGAUGGAUCGKCUAAAAGCGUAUUAUUACYUGAGUACCAGGAAAGAUGAARGUUUCAGAAUUGCCGAGGUGAUCGAGAAAAAAGUGGAGUUUAGUGUCGCUAUGGUGACUGGAAAUAUCACGGCAUUGACGUCAAACGACUGUUUUAUGGACACACUCGAGGAACCACGCGCGAAAAUAAACAAGAUUAUGAAAAGAUACAUUCACCCUGUUAAGCCGUUAGCGAUGUCCAACGAUACAAUUGGUUUGUUCUCUAGUGAUUCUACACCAGUUAAAAAUGCUCUAAUAGCUUUAGCGGUUGUCCUAGCGUUAUUAGUCUUAUGCGGCCUUAUUUGGGAAUCUCUGUAUCAACGACGGAACUGUUUUCGACCAACUUCUAUCCCUAGUGAGUACACCUCAUAUAACAUUUUAACGAACGCCCAAGACAUUCCGAUGGAAGGCAAACGUAACGACGACGAACAAGUGACGCAACUUCAAGCUGCUAUGACAGACCUUACGGAGCAGAUUCGCGUUCUCAAAUGUCAGCUACAAGAAGCUGGAAUAACGACUCGCUGAAAGUCCUUAAUACUGAUAAACGCGAUAUAUAAAAGGACUAUUUUGAAAAGGUUUCCAGUUUCCACUUGCCGCGCGCGCCAAGACGCGCAUAUGUACAAAAUGGCGCGAAUUUCCAAAAUAUAGACAAACGACAAAAUC